AUGAUUUAUGAGUUAAUGAUUCCUUAGUAUAUGUUAUUAGAAAAGAAAUAGAAGAUUCUUUAGUAAUAUCAUGAGAUAGAUGUAAAGACUGAAAAUCCAGAAUUGAUUUAGAUAUAUGUGGAAAUGAUUUUAUCUGACGAUAUUGUUAAACAGCAUUUUGGAAUAUUAGCAAUAAGGAAAUUAAUAAGUGCUAAUCAAAACCAAUAGGAAAUUAUUUAAGCGAUUUUGGAUUUCAAUAUGAUUCCAAUAUUGAUAUAAAUACUUGAACAGUAUAGCAAUUAAUUGUUCAUAUAUGAAGCUAUUUGGAUUUUGGCAAAUAUAGCAAGCGGCACAAAUUUAUAAACUUAAGUUAUUGUAAAAAAUGGAGUAAUACCAAAUUUAUUGAAACAUUUAGAUUCAGAAAAUUUGUUUAUUGUUGAAUAAGUUUUUUGGGCUUUAGGAAAUAUAGCUGCGGAUGAUGCAGAAUUUCGAAAUGAUAUAAUUUAAUAAGGAGGGUUAAAUUAACUAAUUGUAAUUAGUGAAAAGUUAAUAUAAGAAAAUAAAAUUCAUUUAUUAAAAUUAUCAUCUUGGACUAUUGGUAAUUUAUCUAGAGGAAUUCUAAAUCAACAAAAAAUUAAAGUAUAUAAAAUCAAAAAGCUAUUUAGAAAUGCAAGAGAUAAAUAAUCAAUUAUUUUACUUAUAUAAUUGAUAAAUUUGAUGAGGAUGAUACUUUAACUGAUACUUGUUGGGCUUUAGUCUACAUAAGUAAUCCAAAUAGUGGUUUGGACUCUAUUUAAGAAAUUAUUAAUACAGGGAUUGUUCCUAGACUUGUAAAUUUACUUAAGAGAAAUUAAACAAAUUCAAUAACAUAAGGAUGUUUAAAAAUAAUACGAAAUUUAUUAACAGGGUCUGAAAGUUAAUUAGAUUAUAUAUUAAAUUAAGAUAUUCUAAUUAUUUUUGGAGAUCUUUUAUCAAAAUUAUAAUUAAAGAGUUUAAUUUUCGAGGUAAUGAUAAUAAAUUCUUAAUUAGGUUUGUUAAUGUAUUACUAAUAUAACAGCAGGUAAUCAUAAUUAAUUAAAGAAAGUGAUAGAUAAUGAUAUAAUAAUGAAUUUAUUGUUAUCUAUUUUUAUAAUUACCACACCUGAGAUAUAAAUAUAAAUUGCCUGUGUGUAUUCCAAUAUGUUAAGAAAAAUAAAGCAAUAUGACAUAUUGAGACUAGUUGAUAAGGGAGUAUUGAUGAUUUUUGGAUAAACUUUAAGACUUUAGAGAACUUCAGAUUUAUAAAAAAUAGAAAUUCUUAAAUAAUUAGAUUGUAUUUUUAAAAAUGGUAGAAUAUAUAAAUAUAAAUUAUAGCAAGUUUCGAAUAAGAUUACAUAAAGAUAUUGAUAAUGGAUUUCUUUAAAAUAUUAGAUAAUUUAGAUGUGUAGAUUAAUGAUGGUGAAGAAGAUGAAAAUUAUAUUAAUUGUGAAUCAAUUUAUUUUGAAGAGUGGAAGAAUUUUAUUAAAAAUUGA